AUGGUAAUUGAUUCAACAAAAACAACUCCAGAGACGAAGAAACGUGAACGUUCUUACACUGGAGGGCCAGGAAAGGAUUUUUUUGCAGACAAAAAUUAUUCAACUGUCUGUCUUAGCUUAUGGGAAAAAUACUCUGUUCAAGAGCCAAAUGAUAAAGAAAGUUUUCAGAAAGCCUUUGUCAAUCAUGUAUCAACUACACUUGCUAGAUCCAUUUACAAUGUUGAUAAUUUUAGUGCUUAUCAAGCAACUGCUCACACCGUUCGAGAUACAUUGAUUAAGCGUUGGAAUUUUACUCAACAGGAACAUACUGAAGUUGAUCCUAAGCGCGUUUACUAUUUAUCAAUGGAAUUCUUGUUGGGUCGAUCAUUGGACAAUGCUCUUCUUAAUUUAAAUAUGAAAGAUGGAAUAAAAGAAUUAGGAUUUACAUGGGGUAUUGUUACCAAAACAUUUGCUUUUACAAACCACACUAUACUUCCUGAAGCUAUGGAGAAAUGGCAAGUUCCUAUGGUUUCACGAAUUUUACCAAGACAUAUGCAAAUUAUAUUUGAUAUAAAUCUUUUCUUUUUACAAGAAGUUGAAAGAAGAUUUCCAAAAGAACGAGAUCUUCUAGCCAAGUUAUCAAUUAUUGAAGAAGCAUCCCCACAAUUUGUUAGAAUGGCACAUCUUGCUAUUGUCGGCUCACAUCGUGUUAACGGAGUCGCUGAACUUCAUUCAAGAUUGAUCAAGGAAACGGUAUUUAAAGAUUUUGUAAAAUUUUAUGUUUUAGAAAAAUUUGAAAACAAAACCAAUGGUAUUACCCCUCGCAGAUGGUUGCAUCAAGCAAAUCCUAGAUUAAGUGAUUUGAUAACAAAAACAUUGCAAACCAAAGAAUGGUUAAAGAAUUUAUACUUAUUAAAAAAUUUAGAAAAAUAUGCCGAUGAUUUAGAUUUCAGGAAACAAUGGAGAAGUAUCAAAAAUUUUGUAAAAUUUUAUGGUCCAGACAAAUUUGAAAACAAGACCAAUGGUAUUACUCCUCGCAGAUGGUUACAUCAAGCAAAUCCUAAAUUAAGUGAUUUGAUAACAGAAACAUUGCAAACUAAAGAAUGGUUAAAAGAUUUGUUCAUAUUAAAAAAUUUAACAAAAUAUGCUGAUAAUCCAGAUUUCAAGAAAAAAUGGAAAGCUAUCAAACAUUCAAAUAAGAUACACGUUGAACGUACAACUGAAGGAAAUAUAUUAAUUGCUUUAGGUAGAAAAUUUGCUGCUGGUACAGAAGCUUCUGGUACAAGUAAUAUGAAAUUUGUGUUGAAUGGUGGUUUGAUUCUUGGAACAGUAGAUGGUGCCAAUAUUGAAAUUCAUCAAGAAAUUUCAGGUGAAAAUAUUUUCAGUUUUGGACAUUUGGCUGAUGCUGUUAGUGACUUAAGGCAUGCUCAUAGAUAUCGAAACAUUGAGAUGGAUCCAAAAUUAAAAAGUGUUAUAACAAAUAUUGAAUCCGGACAAUUUGGUGAUCCAAGAAUAUUUGUUCCGCUGAUCAGUACAUUAACAAUUGGCAAAGAUUAUUACUUAAUUUCUGAUGAUUUUGAAUCAUAUCUUCGAGCACAACAAAUGGUUGAUGAAACUUAUAAAGAUCAAGAGGAAUGGACGAAGAAAAGUAUUCUUUGUACUGCUCGUAUGGGCAAAUUUUCUUCUGAUCGUUCUAUUCAAGAAUAUGCAGAUAGUAUUUGGCAUGUUAUACCAGUGAAAGUUUAA